AUGAGGAAUGUAUACCUUACAAGCUUAAUCUAUGGCAGUCUCAGCGUGACGUUAACGAAUGCGUUGUCUCAAGUCUCGUCGACGGCGACGACAGUACUAUCAUGGCCAACAAGCUCGAGCUCAACCCUGAUAUCACCCACGGCAUUGCCAACUGAAGCACUUACAACUGCCGCAGAGACAGUUCCCUCGUCCACUGCGGCACUGAUUCCAACGUCGCCUUGGACAUCUGGGCCCUUUUCAAGCAUCAGCUGGCCACCGAUGGGUGCUGGUCCGCCACACUGGCGACCGAAUUGGCCCGCGACGAACGGCAGUGGUAACCUCAAUCAGAAGCCGUCACAUAUCCCAGAGUGGGUGUUCCACAUCCCCAAGAAUAUCGAUCCAAUACGCAUUGCACACGCCGUGCUCGCUUCGUGCGCGUUUCUGUUUUUCUUCCCUUUUGGAGGCGUCAUGAUUCGCAUUUGGGAUCCAAGGGUCGAGAGAUAUUCUUCUAUGGUUUGGGCUCAUGCCUGGGUGCAAGGAACAGGGUAUAUAUUCUUUAUUGCUACUACAGGGCUGGGGGUUUACAUUGCCAAACACCUCCAUGCAGUAAGUGGUCUCUUUCGCGAACCUCUACGUAAAUUCCACCCUAUCAUUGGACUGUGUAUCUUUGCGCUCAUGGCCUUGCAGCCAAUAACCGAGCUACUCAAUCAUUCUCUCCAUCACCGUUAUCCGCGCAUCAUAUACCUUGGACAUGUUCAUGUGUGGCUUGGGCGAAUUCUGAUAACAGUCGGGAUCAUCAAUGGUGGGCUGGGCUUUCGCCUCGCGGACAUGAUUCCAGGCUUGCAGUGGCCACAGUGGCCGAAAAUAUUGUAUGGUGCCCUCGCCGGUCUGAUCUGGAUCGUCUAUGUGGCUAUCAUCAUCGUCUGUGAUAAGUUCAACCAGGGUGAAGUACAGUCUGAGGUUCGAGACGAAGAGACAGGACUAGGAGACCUUCCCACCACGACUAGCCCUUCCCUGCGGCUCAAUCCCACUGCCACUUCAGACGUCAAGGCGGACGAAGAAAAUGCCAGUGCUGCCCAAGGAGACGAGAAGGCUCCAAAUCAGGAAGAUAGGCCGAGAACAUCCGAAGAAGCCACGGUGAUUUUCACUCGUCGUUCCAUGAAGAUUUGA